AAACGUUAAGAUUGAAUUUUUUUUAAGAGCGCCUUAGCCAGUAUGGAAGGAUAUAUGUUGAGAAUCGUCAUGAAUAAAUGUAAGGACGCAUAUCUCGUUUUCCUGAUAUAAAAGGCGGAACUCUUAACAAUUCUCAACAUAUCCGUGUGGAUAAGAAGUUCGCAACUCCGUGUGGAGAAACAGAAUUCAACUUAGUGUGUGAAGAAACAACGCUAAUGUGAAGAUGAUUCAGGAUUGAACGCAUAUGUGAACAUAAUAUUAAGAAACAAAAUGACGUCUCACGGUUAAAGAGACUUUCACAGUGCGAAGCGUUCGCGUUCGGCCCAGAUAGCAAAUUUAACGAAGCUGUAUAAAAAACUGAAAGAUAAUAUGUCGUCGUACGAAAAUUAUGAGAAUGUUAAGCAGCUGAACGACAGAUUGUGUGAAAAUUUGAGACAUUACAAUGUGUUCAUCAAGAGUGUGAAAGUUUGUGUACGGACUCAGUAAUGUGUGAAGAUUUAUCGAAAUCUCCCGAAAAUUCACGGAAGAAUUUCGAUGAAUUCCAGGAGAGUCUUUCACAGUGGCUGGUCGCUGAUGCAAAGGCGCCUGAUGGCAAUAAGAUAUCUUCAGUAAGCCGUGCAAGUACGACAGCGUAAUCGCGGUCAAACUAAAGAAGUGCCAGGGCGAAACGCUUGCUUGCAGAACACAAGCUGAGAACGCUACGUGAGAAACACAGACUCGAACAGGAACAGCGUGUACUUGAGCAAAUACGCCAGUUGCUUGAGCACGAAAGCGAGGUAGAGGAAGCGCGGAUCGAGGAGGCAAUCUGGGAAGAAGAAACAGAAGAAGAUAAAACAGUCAUCGGCGAUGUGAUUGUGCGGUCCAGCGGAACAGACCGGAUGUCAAGCGAUGUGACGGGACGGUCCAGUGAUGCAAACCGGAUGUCUGGCGAUGUGACUGUGCGGUCCAAUGGAGCAGACCGGGUGUUCGGCGAUACGACGGGGCGGUCCAGUAAAGUAAACCGGAUGUCCGGCGAUUUGACGAUGCGGCCCCGCGGAACAGAACGGGUGUCCGGCGAUAUGACGGUGCGGUUCAGAGGAGACGUUCCGGAAGUGGGGCACCAUGGAGAAAACACCUUACCUGACGAUGUUUGUUACAUUCGAGAAGGUCGUAAUAUUAGCAGGCCUUAUUCUGUGACUCAGAAUGUUACUUCCGGAAAUCGUGCUGGUCCGAUUGCUGCAGCAGAAGCCUGGUCAGACACGUGUCGCUCCGUGACACCACCCAAGAAGAGAGAGCUUGUUAAAAAGGAAAAUAAGAAAAAUAAGCCUAAAACACCAGAACUGCCCCUUGAGCAAACUGAAGAUGGGCCUUCCUCAAACCACGUUUCCAAGGCAACCACACCCCAGCCCUCCGAGGAAUUUCACUCGCCAAGGGAGGCAAGUUUAAUUCAAGAGCCCAGUGCACCAGAGUUACCUUCCAUUGAGAGCCCAGAGUUACGUGAAAUACCUGAAAAGAAGCGGUACCAAUCGAAGGUUGUAAAGGAGGAGAUGAAGCUGGUAGAAGUGAUGCCAGAACUUCCCCCUGAGAAGAAGAAACUGCCCCCUCCUCCGAAAAUACAACCAAGCUACAAUCCGUCUCCUGCCUCAUGGAGAUCCAAGGUUGAAGAAGCUCCGUCGCCAUUCAGGAAGUGCAACAGCUGUAUGACUUACUGGACUUCUUGGCAAAAUACUGCAUCAUCAACCCAAACAGAUUGCCAUACUGCGAGCGUAUGUUUUACGGGGUGGUCAACGUCUAGUCUCCGCGAUACCCUGAGCUCACACAUCCCCGGGCCCGUUGGGAUAUGGUGAAACUGCCUCCCGCCCAGCUUUCUUACCACGAGUUGGCCAAGCUGACGGACAUGGCUGUGAUCAGUCAUGCACAGACACCUAUACGUGAUGGCCUGAGUGUACCAGAGCAGUACAUGGAAAAGUUGAACUACUCGAUAGAGUUCAUCAGGACUAAGCAGUAUGCCCUACAGGAUCACAUGCACCAGCAGCACGCUGAGAAGCUAAGGCUGAUGGCAGAUUUGGGAAAGUCUAUGGACAGAGAUAUUGUCAGACUUGAUUACAAAACCAAGGGCAAGAAGAAAAGGAAAAAGAAGAAGAAAAAGAAGAGUGAGAAUUAUGAAUAUGACAUGAUGAGCCCAAUCUCAUCUCCAAAGAACAUCCGGCCAACGAAGGCCUCUGAUAUCACAGAUGAGGUCAUAGUGAGCACAAUGAACGACACGAUGAUGAAGAAGGCAAAGAAAGAGCCAGCUGUGAAGAAACUUACCAUGGAAAUCAACAGAGACAUUACGACAAAGAAGAACAUUGAUAAGCGAGUCACAGAAAUUGAAGAUAAGAAUGACCUCAUUGGGCUGUACUGUAUGGACCACUACUUUAAUGAACAGAACUGCUCAGCCGCCCCGUAUGAGUUCCGUAGACAGCAAAGUCGUCUCUACCAGAAACUGCAUUCUGGUGUUGAGAUAAACAUUGAGGAGGUUGAGGCAGCUCUUCAGCAGGCCAACAACAAGCUGCUCUCGGACAGGGAGUUCAAGUACAUCUACAUUGUGCUGGACCUUCCAAAGCGAGAUAAGAUCAACUUUCGACUGUUCCACGUCGUAGCAGCCUUGCCUGAGAAGGUGACUCAUAUGGAUCAUGUCAUACAAAAGCUUAUCAACAAAGUGGAUUUUAAUGCACUGGACAUAAUAAUGGGGAAAAGCAAGGAGCUUUUCCAGCUGCUAAAAGAUGAGACCCAGAUGCAUGUGGGUAAUGCUCCAGCUGAUAUCCUAGCCGUGGAGCUGACUGCAGGGGGAUUGACACACCAACUAUGUGCUGAGCAAAUUCAAUAGAGAGGGGAAAGGCUUUGCAGACUUCAUUGACUUUGUCAAACAUAUUCGAACCAUACUUAGGACAGUCUGUAUAGAAAGACUAAUCAAGUUAUUAUAUUUAUUUAUUUAUU